AAGUGUCCGGACUGGAAGGGGGUGAAAGUGUCCGGACUGGAAGAGGGGGAAAGUGUCCGGACUGGAAGGGGUGAAAGUGUCCGGACUGGAAGGGGGGGAAAGUGUCCGGACUGGAAGGGGGGGGAAAGUGUCCGGACUGGAAGGGGUGAAAGUGUCCGGACUGGAAGGGGGGGAAAGUGUCCGGACUGGAAGGGGGUGAAAGUGUCCGGACUGGAAGGGGGGAAAGUGUCCGGACUGGAAGGGGGUGAAAGUGUCCGGACUGGAAGGGGGUGAAAGUGUCCGGACUGGAAGGGGGUGAAAGUGUCCGGACUGGAAGGGGGGGAAAGUGUCCGGACUGGAAGGGGGGAAAG